AUGUCAGACGACGAAAUUAGCAUUGAGGGAAACUUGUUUGAGGAGCCAGAAGGAUUCCGUCCCCCACCACCAGAGGCCCAUUUCACUGAUUAUAAAAGAAUAGAGGGAAAGAGUGAUCCAAGUAGUUUAAAAUUACGAUUAGUUGGGAAAUCACCAUUAUGGGGACAUUUAUUAUGGAAUGCCGGGAUAUUUACUGCCAAUUACUUGGAUGAACAUAGUGAAACAUUGGUUAAGGGGAAAAAAGUAUUGGAAUUAGGAGCAGCAGCAUCAUUACCAUCUAUUGUUUGUGCAAUUAAUGGAGCCUCCAAGGUAGUAUCGACUGAUUAUCCUGAUCCUGAAUUAUUACAAAAUAUUCAAUAUAAUUUUGAUCAUUGUGAAGGAAUACCAAAGGAAACAAAGACUAAAGUGAAGGGAUAUAUUUGGGGACAAGAUGUUAGAUCGAUAAUCAUGGAUGAUAUUGAAGACGAAGAUGAUUUACCAAAUUAUGAAGAUAUUAAAGAAGAAGAUAAGUAUGAUUUGGUUAUAUUAUCUGAUUUAAUUUUCAAUCAUACUGAACAUUUGAAGUUAUUGAAAGCAUGUAGACAAACAUUGAAAAAACUGGGAAAAGGGUUAAUUGUUUUCAGUCCACAUAGAGCCCAUUUAUUACAUGAAGAUUUGAAAUUUUUCCAAACCAGUGAACAAUUUGAGUUUAAAGCGGAACAAAUUGACUUACAAAUAUGGCAACCAAUGUUUAAAGAAGAACCUGAAGAUACUGCUGAAAUUAGAUCUAGAGUAUAUUCAUAUUUUAUAAUUCCUCAAUGGUAA